AAACUCCCGACGCUUUCAAAGCGUCACCCGCGCAAGUGAUCUGGUUGGAGGGGUUGCGGUUUUUAGUGGCAUGGAAAUGCACUGGUUCGCCCAAUAGUGCGUGCAAACGAAAAAGCUCAGCUUCAGCGAUGGACGGCGACGACGAGGCAAGCCGAUAAUACAUAGUGUACAGUGUGCAGAGACAAUAAAAAAAAAAACUUAGAACCGAUCGACAAAGUUGGUGGGUGUGUUUAUAAGUAACGAAGAACAAAGAAAAAAAAAAGAUGGCGACGGAAGUAUUCCAGGAUUGGGACAACAAGUCUCUGAGCUCGAUUUCGCGGAAGUCGUCGACUACAACGACGACGACGACGCGCAAGAGUACGAAGACGACCAGCAAGACCACGAGGGUCUACGACGACGAGACGUCUGCCUCCAAAAAAACAACCACCAUGACGACAGCAGCAAAACUUUACGGUAAGGACCUGAGUGAAUACGACGACGUUGAUGUCGAUGAACUCUUGGCACAACUUACUCCAGAUGAAAUCAACAUACUUGCUAAGGAAGUGGAUCCUGAUGACAGUUUCAUGCCUCCCUCGCAACGCUGCAGUUAUGAGUGCUCCAAGAGCCCAACUGGACCACUUAAUCGCAAGAAACUGAUUGAGCACAUCAACAAACAAGCUUUGGAGACACCAGAUAUUCCCGAGUUGAAGCCAUAUGUGCCUGGUACUGUUAGAGGGAAGAAAUGGGUGCCACCUAUGAGAGAAAACUUGAAGGAAAAAGAAGCAGAUGAACAGAUCGCCAUAGAUCUUGGUGACGAGUACGAACAAGCCUUGUCGAAUGCCACCGAAGAUGAAAUCAUCGAUUUGGCAGCUAUUCUUGGCUUCCACUCGAUGAUGAACCAAGAACAAUACCAUGCGUCAUUACUGAAUUCCGGGCAACCAGUUGGCCUUGGCUGGGACGGUGUGACAAAGGCCAGCCAACCGAAAGUUUACCCAAUGGAUCCACCCAACGAUACAGACAUCGAUGAGACUAUCAAACGAACUCGCGAAGACGAUCACACGCUGGUUGAUUUGAACUGGAAUAACAUCAAGAACAUAUCUGAUGAAAAAUUCAUCCAAUUAUUUGAAGCUCUGGAAGGCAACUCACACCUAGAAACCCUCAGUUUAACAAACGUGGGACUCACAGACAAGACUGCGCUGAGACUGUCAGAAACCCUAGAGAAGAAUUCAACUGUACGUGUAUUGAACGUUGAAACGAAUUUUAUAAGCCCACCUGUGAUAGUGAAACUCGUCAGAGCUCUUCUCAAGACAAAGUCUGUUGAGGAAUUCAGAUGUUCAAACCAGAGGUCUCAAGUAUUGGGUAACAAAAUCGAAAUGGAAAUCACACAUUUAGUUGAGCAAAACCCCUCACUCCUCCGACUCGGCCUACACCUUGAAUUCAACGACGCAAGACAUAGAGUAGCGGCGCACUUACAGCGGAACAUUGAUAGGAUACGGAAAGACCUAACGCUGAAACUGCAGUUCCGAUUCUUUAACAUGAAUCACCGGAAAUCUGCUCUUGUUAAGUGAAGUACGGCAGUCCCGGCUCGGGGUGGCGGCAUCCUAAUGCAAUGUGGCCCUCCUGUCUCUCGACCUCCUAGGUAUAUUUAUAAUAUACGGAAAAAGAAAAUUAUUACUUUUUACUUUAGACACUCCUUACCACACCGCUGUAUAUAUAAUUAUAUUAUAUACUCAAGUACUCUAUAUAUAGCACACACACCCACACACAUACAUGCAUACACAUC